CGGCCCGGCUUGGCUCAGGCGCGGCGCGGGCAGCCGCGGGGGCCUUGCGCGCCCGGGAACAUGGCGGCAGCUCUGAGCCGCGCUCUGCUGCGGGCGGGCGCCGGGCGGCUGCUGUUCCGACCGCCCCUGGAAGUGGCCGUCCCCGGCCUGGAGCGUGACUUCAGCGUCUCUCACAGCCGGGACACCGUGGUCGUGGAGCGCUGGUGGAAGGUGCCGCUGGCUGGAGAGGGUCGGAAGCCGCGCCUGCACCGGCGACAUCGCGUCUACCGGCUGGUGGAGGACACGAAACACCGGCCCCAGGGCGACCUGGAGCUCAUCCUCACACAGUCCGUGGAUGAACUAGGAGUCCGGGGUGACCUGGUCUCCGUGAAGAAAUCUCUGGGCCGUAACCGACUGCUUCCCCAAGGAUUGGCUGUGUAUGCAUCCCCCGAGAACAAGAGGCUGUUUGAAGAGGAGAAAUUGAUGAGACAAAAAGGAAAAUUAGAGAAAAUCCAGACCAAGGCAGGGGAGGCGACAGUGAAAUUCCUAAAAAGUUGCCACCUGGAAGUAGGGAUGAAGAAUAAUGUCAAAUGGGAACUAAGCCCUGAGAUAGUUGCCCGCCAUUUCUUCAGAAACCUCGGCGUCGUGGUCUCCCCGCACGCAUUAAAGCUCCCGGAAGAGCCCAUCACGCGGAGGGGCGAGUACUGGUGUGAGGUGACGGUAAAUGGACUUGACACUGUGAGGGUUCCAAUGUCUGUAGUGAACUUUGAAAGGCCCAAGACGAAAAGAUACAAGUACUGGUUAGCCCAGCAAAGUGCCCAAGGAAGAGCCCCCAACAGCUCCCAGGGGGCCUGAGCUGCCCACCCACUGGGCAGUGAUGAUCCAGGAGCAGAGACAGGCCGACACCCCGAUCCAGCUUACCAGGAGCUCUCGGGCGCCCUGCUGACAGCACAUGUGCACCUACUCAAGUGUCUUAGUUUGCCAUCACAGCUGGUGGCUAUUUCCCACGGCCAGGCUGAUUGGGCCUGUAUUGCUGCAUAAAUACCAGGCUCUGGUUUUAAUGAAGAUUAAGAGAAGAAGCUGAAAGAAGACCAGGGCAGUCUCGAUCCCGAUCAGCCUCUUCCUUUGUUGGAAUUCACUGGAACAUAGAAAGAACUGGCCUGUGUCUGUGUGUAUUAUUUUGCUCAUUACUCAUUAUGCAAAGUGGAUUUCUAUCUCAGAAAUAAAGAGAUUAUGUUCUUA